CCCCAUCCACCCACCCACCCAUCCAUCCCAAAAUCCCGCCAGGCCCGGCGCUCCAUGGUGCGGGAAGGCGGCAUGGCCCGGACCCCUUACAGCUCCUCGCAGGACAUCCAGAUGGACGUCUUGGACAACGCCGCGCUCCAGGGCAAGUACAGCAGGCGCAAGAGCCGCUUCAAGCGCUCGGACGGCAGCACCUCCUCCGACACCACCUCCAACAGCUUCGUCCGCCAGGGCUCGGCAGAGUCCUACACCAGCCGCCCGUCGGACUCGGAUGUGUCGCUGGAGGAGGACCGGGAGGCGCUGCGCAAGGAGGCCGAGCGCCAGGCCAUGGCCCAGCUGGAGAAAGCCAAGACGAAGCCGGUGGCGUUUGCCGUGCGCACCAACGUGGGCUACAACCCCUCGGCCACCGACGACGUGCCCGUGCAGGGCAUGGCCAUCUGCUUCGAGCCCAAGGACUUCCUGCACAUCAAGGAGAAGUACAACAACGACUGGUGGAUCGGGCGGCUGGUGAAGGAGGGCUGCGAGGUGGGCUUCAUCCCCAGCCCCGUCAAGCUGGAGAACAUGAGGCUGCUGCAGGAGCAGAAGAUGAGGCAGAGCCGCCUGAGCUCGAGCAAAUCCGGGGACAACUCCAGCUCCAGCCUGGGUGAUGUGGUGACAGGGACCCGCCGGCCCACGCCCCCAGCCAGCGGUGCCCUGGACAUGCCCAGCUUUGCCUUUGACCCCGAUGAGUUAGAGGAGGAGGAGGCCUUGGAGACCCAGCGCUCCCCUAAGAGUAGCGUGAGCAGUGUCACCACCCCCCCCGCCCACAACAAGCGCAUCCCCUUCUUUAGGAAGGCCGAGCACGUGCCCCCCUACGACGUGGUGCCCUCCAUGCGCCCCAUCAUCCUCGUGGGGCCGUCGCUGAAGGGCUAUGAGGUCACGGACAUGAUGCAGAAAGCCCUGUUUGACUUCCUGAAGCAUCGCUUUGAUGGCAGGAUCUCCAUCACGCGGGUCACGGCCGACAUCUCCCUGGCCAAGCGCUCCGUGCUCAACAACCCCAGCAAACACACCAUCAUCGAGCGCUCCAGCACCCGCUCCAGCCUGGCCGAGGUGCAGAGCGAGACCGAGCGGAUCUUCGAGCUGGCCCGGACACUGCAGUUGGUGGCCCUGGACGCCGACACCAUCAACCACCCGGCCCAGCUGGCCAAGACCUCCCUGGCCCCCAUCAUCGUCUACAUCAAAAUCACCUCCCCCAAGGUGCUGCAGCGCCUGGUGAAGUCGCGGGGCAAGUCCCAGGCGAAGCAUCUCAACGUGCAGAUGGUGGCCUCGGACAAGCUGGCGCAGUGCCCACCUGAGAUGUUCGACAUCGUGCUGGACGAGAACCAGCUGGAGGAGGCCUGUGAGCACCUGGCCGAGUACCUGGAGGCCUACUGGAAGGCCACGCACCCCCCCAGCAGCAACCCCCCGAACCCGCUGCUGAACCGCACCAUGGCCUCGGCGGCGCUGGCCGCCAGCCCCGCGCCCGUCUCCAACCUCCAGGGUCCGUUCCCGGAGGGGGAGCAGGGCCGGGCCCGGCCGGGACCGGGGGGCCGUGGGCAGGGCAGAGCCCCCCCGGCCCCCACCCGGCCCGGCCCCCGCAGCCUGUGCCGCCAGGACACCUUCGACUCGGAGCCCGCGGGCUCGGCGGGCACGGAGCCCGGCGAUUCCUGCUGCAUGGACAUCGAGAUGGACCCCGUCGAGGAGGAGCCCCCCGGGGACGGGGCCGAGGAGGGCCGGGGGCUGCGGGGCCGAGCCAAGGGCCAGGAGCCCCUGGGCCUGGGGGAGGGCGAGGGCUGGGGGCAGGACGUUUACAUCCGUUAGGGUGAGGGGCUGCGGGCACUGCUGGUUUUGGGGUGGGGGAGACCCUGCCCGGUUGCCUCUGUGCCCCCCCAGCCCGGCCAGCAGUGCCAUGGGGAGCCCCUGCUUUGCCCUAAGGGGCUCCCCCUGCCCCACUCUUUGGCGAGGGGGGGGUCUCCCUGUGCCCAUCCACCACAGCCCCCCCAGCAUCUCGCGGUGCCUCGGGCCCCCCUGCCUGGCAGGGACAGCAAGUGACCAAAGGGGACCCGGCGUGUCCCCGUCCCCUGCCCUGGGUGUGGGGUGGGGGGCUGUGCACCCCCCCCAGCCCUGCCUGCUGGCUGCCCCCCACUUCUCCAUGGUGCUCUUGGCCCCCAGGGCUGGCCGUGGCAGUGGGGGGGUCCCUGCCAGCUGCCCCCCACCCCAGCCAGUGCCUGCCCACAGCCCCCCGCUCCGGGGGGGUGCAUGUGUGUGGUGUGUGCAGGGCUUUGGGGGGCUCCUGCUGCCCCUGGCUGUGCCCCCCCCGGGGUGCUGCCUGCCCGGGGAGGGGAGGGGGCAGUUUGCAUGUGUUUGCCUUGGAGGGGCUCUGCCUGAACUGGGGAGGGGGUGGGGGGUAAAUCUGAGCCAGUUUUGGGGUCUAACCCGUGCUAACAGCUGCCCAGCCCUGGCCUGCCCUGGGGUGCCCGGAGGGUCCCGCUGCCCUGGGACCUCUGGGGUGCACUGGGCAGUGCCAGGCCCCUGUCCCACCCCCCCCAAAAACCCCCCUGUGCCAACCCCCACCGUGCCUGUCCAGCCGUGUCUGUCUGUCUGUCUGUCCGUCAGCCUCUGUCCGUCCCCCCUUGGCCCCCCCCAACACCCUGGGGCACUGCCUUGUCCUGUGCCUGCCCCAGGGGCAUCCCUUGUGCCCCCCCCCCAGCUCUGUGGGGGUGACCACCCCAGGGUGGGGGUGGGGAUACCCCCCAUCCAGCCCUCCCCGUGGGGCUGGGCUUGUCUCACUUAUGGGGCAGCCCCCUGCCCCCCACCCCGGGGCGAUCCUGGGGGUCCCCGGGGUCACUGCCUUACCCAGACCACCAGCCCAGGGCAGGGGGCUCAGGGGCACCCAGCUCUGCCGCUGCCAAGCUGCCCCCACCCACGUGUGCCUCAGUUUCCCCCCUUUUUUUGAGGGGGGGGACGACACACACUCGGUGUCACUGCCUGCCAAGUGCUUUGAGCCCCCCCUGCCCCAGUGCUCGCCCUCGUGGUGGCCACAACCUGGGCAGCGGGGCCCCCCCCCGGCCCCCCCGCGGGCAGAGGGACGUCCCGUAUUUAUGUCACUCCACAAACUUUUAAUUUAAAGACCCGACAAAGUGUAUUUUAUUUAUUUA